CAGACAAGCCGUGAAAUCAGUCACAGCUCACACACAAUCUCUCAGUGAAUGAGCGCGCACCGGGCCGUGGUGAGGACACGCGCACCGCUAUUUCCGACGUCGCUUUAAAAUAUUAUUGAGAUUAUUGAGAUUCUUAAAUCGAAAUAGUAGGAUACACAGGAACAGAAGCUCUUUCGUUCUCCUCCCGUCGCUACUGGUGAUUGCACAUAGUAGUAUACGGUCGAGAGAGAGAGAGUCAUGAGGGUUUCAGAAGCAAAUAAGGAGCCCCGGAGCCCGGCUAAAAUGGAGAGUGACACCGGCUCUGGCAAGCGGCGGCACUGUCUCAGAGCGAUCGUGGAUGCGAUACCGUUUGUGUUUUCUCUUGUGUCUUUUGCGUUUUGCUUUUUAUUGAGUGUUCAGACCGGUGAAAUUAAGGAUAGAGUCGUGGAUCUGGAGAGUGGAAGUGGCGCGCGCCUCUUUAGCCCGCUUCAUGGGCUCUCCAUGGAUCAAUUUAAUUCAAUGGUACAGGAGAGAGUGGAUGAGUUGCUGUCACAGCGUUCCUAUGAAAACUUGGCUAGAAUAAGGACUGUCCGUCAAGCCUCACCUGAAUGCAACUGUCCACCAG